GAGGAGGGAAGAGACGGCUCAGGACAGGGGCAGAGAGCAGAGAGAGAGAAGGUGUGAGGGAGACUGAGAGACAGGAUCGCAGCCUGCCCAGGUAAUCCCACAGAGGAGCAGCCAUGGCACUUGUACCCUUUGCUCAGCUGUGCCUCUGCACAUUCUCUCUCCUCCUGUCCCCGGCUCUCACACAGAGCGAUGCUGGUCUCCAGGUCACUACUCAUUCUGGGAAGGUGCGUGGCCUCAGGCUUCCAGUCCUUUCUAGCCAAGUAAGUGCCUACCUGGGCAUUCCCUUUGCCGAACCACCAGUGGACAAAAUGCGCUUCCGACGUUCAGAACCCAAGAAACCAUGGACAGAUGUUUGGGAUGCAACCGCCUAUCCUGAUGCCUGCUAUCAAUAUUUUGACACUUUGUAUCCUGGUUUUCCUGGCAUGGAAAUGUGGAAUCCUAACCGGCCAAUGAGUGAAGAUUGCCUAUAUCUUAACAUCUGGGUACCACACCCACGUCCCUCCAAUGCUACCGUUAUGGUAUGGAUAUAUGGUGGAGGUUUCUACAGUGGGUCUUCUUCCCUUGAUGUUUAUGAUGGACGCUACCUGUGCCAUGCAGAAAAUGUCAUUGUGGUCUCCAUGAAUUACCGCGUUGGAGCUUUUGGUUUUCUGACCCUGACACCUGGUAGUGUUGAUGCUCCUGGCAAUGUUGGAUUGUUUGACCAACGUCUUGCUCUCCAGUGGGUUCAGGACAAUAUUGCUUUCUUUGGUGGCGAUCCCAGGACUGUCAUGAUUUUUGGGGAAAGUGCUGGUGCCGUCUCUGUGGGUAUGCACGUUAUUUCCCCUGGAAGCCACCAUCUCUUUUCCAAGGCUGCAUUGCAGAGUGGCACACCCAACACACCCUGGGCUACAAUCACCCCACAAGAAGCUAGACGCCGCACAGAGAUGAUGGGAAAAAAAUUGGACUGCAGAAUGGGAAAUGAUACAGAGUUAUUGAACUGUCUAAGAGCCAAGCAACCCCAGGAAUUAAUUGAUCAUGAAUUCUCUGUCCUUCCAGCACCCAGUGUCUUUCGUUUUGCCUUUGUGCCGGUGCCAGAUGGAGACUUUUUUCCAGAGCCUCCUGAGGUCUUGAUGAAUAUGGGCAGAUUUAAGCCAUGCCCCUUGCUGAUGGGAGUCAACCAAAAUGAAGGUUCAUACUUCCUACUGUAUGGGGCCCCUGGCUUUAGUAAGAACAACGAGAGUCUCAUCAAUCGAGAAGAGUUCCUCGGUGGGGUCAAGAUGAGUGUUCCACAUGCCAACGAUAUUGCCCUGGAGGCAGUAGUGAUGCAGUACACAGACUGGGCAGACGAGCAUGCAGGAAUCAAGAACAGAGAGGCCAUGGAUCAGCUGGUGGGAGACCAUAAUGUCAUUUGCCCCCUCACUUAUUUUGCCGGGAAGGCCUCAGAGACUGGAAACCGGGUGUAUACUUAUUAUUUUGAUCACCGGGCAUCCAACUUGGCUUGGCCACAGUGGAUGGGGGUUCCACAUGGAUACGAAAUUGAAUUUGUCUUCGGUCUUCCCCUAGUUGCAAAUCUGAACUAUAACCCACAGGAGGAGGCUCUGAGUCGCAAGAUGAUGAGAUAUUGGGCUAACUUUGCACGGACUGGUGACCCUAACGAGGGUAACGAUGCCCGUCAACAGCGUUGGCCCUUGUACACUGCAUCCGAGCAGAGGUAUAUAGCACUUAACAACAGGCCACAACAGGAUCUGCAGGGCAUCCGAGUCCAAACGUGCAUGUUCUGGAAUCGUUUCUUGCCUAAACUGCUCAACAUUACAGUGACCAGAGGGCCCUGCUCGAGUUGCUCCCGAAUCAGCCCCCUCCUGACUUUGCCCAUACUGGGUGUGUUGUUAGCAAAGUACAAUACUUAACACUGCCACCUUGUCUGGAUUACCGCAAAGCAGCUUCUGUAACUGUGAUAAAGGAACACCAAAACUAAACCAACUCUGCGUAUAUUCAGUAUUCAGAGCUCAGAAAACUUCCUGAUCCUCUGCUGCUCCCUUUUGGGGGGCUUGGACCCAAUUAGUUAGUAGAGGGUUAUCCUAUUGCACUGACCUCUGCAGGCAGAGUAAAGCAAGUUGAUAGAGCUUUGGCCUCUAUCUUUUGCUCAGUCUACAUUGAGUCAGAGCUCUGUAUCCCGGUAAGUACUUGGGAGAGACUUCAUUCACUUAACCACGGGGAGGUUCCUGGUGGGACUAAACCAGAUUGCACAAAUUGACUUACUCAUUAAGAGAUUGCAUACUGAAUGGACUUUGGAAACAGUUUAUAUUUUAUAGGCUUUUCUUGACUUGAGAAAAACAGGUCAAAGAUCCCCUCAGUGACUCUAAUAUGUUUAAAAUUUACAGUAGGAGGGUAUAUAAUAACUUGAGACCCAAGGGGUACUUAUAGUUCCCUUCAGCCUUGUGCCUCUUCAGAGACUUCUGAUAUCCUUAUAAUUUACAGUAGGAGGGUAUAUAAUAACUUGAGACCCAAGGGGUACUUAUAGUUCCCUUCAGCCUUGUGCCUCUUCAGAGACUUCUGAUAUCCUUAUAAUUUACAGUAGGAGGGUAUAUAAUAACUUGAGACCCAAGGGGUACUUAUAGUUCCCUUCAGCCUUGUGCCUCUUCAGAGACUUCUAAUAUCCUUAUAAUUUACAGUAGGAGGGUAUAUAAUAACUUGAGACCCAAGGGGUACUUAUAGUUCCCUUCAGCCUUGUGCCUCUUCAGAGACUUCUAAUAUCCUUAUAAUUUACAGUAGGAGGGUAUAUAAUAACUUGAGAUCCAAGGGGUACUCAGAGAUCCCUUCAGCCGUGUGCCUCUUCGGAGACUUCUAAUAUGAUUACAUUUUACAGUAGGAGGGUAUAUAAUAACUUGAGACCCAAGGGGUACUCCAAGUUCCCUUCAGCCUUGUGCCUCUUCAGAGACUUCUAAUAUCCUUAUAAUUUACAGUAGGGGACAGUGGAGUAACUUGAGACCCAAGCCCCCCCUCCUUCCACACCACCACUAGAUGUAAAUGUAAAGGGUGGGAGUUACAAAUGGGGAUCUCAGUAUAUAAGUGGGGACCACCAUAUAGUUAAAACCCUUGUAUGGCAUCAUUAUCAUCUUUGGUCAGUACUCUGCAUAAUUUUCUACUUUAUGCUAGUGGUUUUUCUGCACCCUGAUAGUUAAAGGGGUGGUUCACCUUUAAGUUAACUUUUAGUAUUUUGUAGAAAGGCCACUUCUAAGCAACUUUUCAUUUAGUCGUCAUUAUUUAUUUUUUAUAGUUUUUAAAUUAUUUGCCUUCUUCUUCUGACUCUUUCUGACAGCUUUCAAAUGGGGGUCACUGAGCCCAUCUAAAAAACAAAUGCCCUGCAAGGCUACAAAUGUUUUUAUUAAUCAUCUUUCUAUUCAGCCCUCUCCUAUUCAUAUUCCAGUCUCUUAUUCAAAUCCUUGCAUGGUUUCUAGGAUAACUCAAGACUCUAGCAACCAUAUUCCUGAAGCUGCAGACUGGAGGACUGCUGAAUAAAUAGCUGAAUAAUAAAUAAUAAACCCAAAUAAUAAACAAAUAAAACCAAUUGCAAAUUGUCUCAGAAUAUCACUCUCUACAGCCUACUACAAGUAAACUCAAAGGUGAACAACUCCUUGGCCACCUGCUCACAUGGUCCUAGUACACAAAGCUGCCCUCAGUACAGCUCCCAUUAUUUGCUGAGCUCUCAAGCCAAUGCAUUUUCUCCUAUGAAAGCUAUCCAGAAGAACUGUAUAUGGACAAAAGUAUGUGGACACCCACCAGUCCAACAUCUCAUUCCAAAACUCAUUGCUACAAUAACAACUUCUUCUCUUCAGGGCAGGUUCCCACUAGAUGAUGGAACAUUUGUGGUUGGAUUUGCUUUCAUUCCUACUUAAGAUCUGGCCUGACUCUCAGCCAGGGUUCCAAUUCAUUCCACAGUGGGUUCAGUUGGGUUGAGAUCAGAGCUCCGUUCAGGCCAGUCAGGUUCUUCUGCUCUCUUCUAUGAAAACACAUUCUGUAUGGCCACAAAAUAGGAAGCAUGGAAUUGUUUAGAAAGUCCUCAGGGUAGGGGUGUCCACAUACUUUUGGCCAUGUAAAAGGAACCUCUGGUAGGCAAAGGUACAUCUAACUCUUAUGGUUGAUAGGAAGCUAGAGAACCAAGAUAUCUAGAUGUUCCUCCCACCAUGUCAAAAUCUUACCCAUUAAUAACUGUGCCUUGAUUUUCUAUUUUCUCCAAUCAUUCAGCAUGUCCUCUCAUUAUUCCAUCAUUCUGCUGUCUCAGAUUUUUCAUAUUAUCUACCAUUAAUUCUCUACAAUAAACAUUUGCAUUUUCAUGUAACCCUUUGUUUUAUUUCCUUGGUGUAAUUCAUUCCUUAUUCUUUCUCAUACCUGCCAUCUAUGAGGGCUGAUGUUGCUGGAACUUGGUUGCGAAAUCUGGGUGGGGUCAAUCAUGUCCUGCCUCCUCAUUUGAGGGUUGGGACGUUCCAGUUUGUGGGUGGGGUUAAGGAGGAUCUGGGUGGAGUUAGGGCAAGCUAGCGUGACAUUUCUUUUUUGGGAAUGAUGGCAGGUAUGCCCCACUCUCUCAUAUACUUUCUUCUCUCGCUUUCCACAUUCAUGGCUCUUGCUGCCGACAUGAAUAAUUCACACCUCUAAGUGAUUCUUCUAUAGGGUUUAUCUUCCCAUGGAUUGCCUUGAAGUGAUCUCCAAAUAUUGAUUUUACAGUUAUCACUCCAAUCAAUGAACCACAGCUAAGCACAUUUAUGGAUUUAAUGGUACUUUACUAGGCAAUAAACUAAAUUAUCUAUAGUAGUUGCAGAGCACCUGCCGCAAACUUGGGUGCCUCCAACUACCACUUCCUUCUACUUAUUGCCUUCACAGGGAAAUAAUAUUUUGUUGUUCGUUAAACCACAUUGAUCUAAUGAUAUACUGGACUCCACCUCCCUUAGCCACUCCCCU